ACAAGUUUCGGAGACAAUGAAAGUAUUUGUGGUGUUAGCAUUAGCUUUGGCUUGCGUUUCGGCAGCCUCUGUUCCCGAAACUAAAGUUUUUUCUAAAGACUUAAAAGGCGAAGGUCGUAUUACUAACGGGCAUGAAGCUAAUCCUGGACAAUUCCCUUACCAAGUUGGCUUAUCACUUUUCAAUGACUAUGGCACAUUUUGGUGUGGCGGUUCCUUAAUCGGCAAUGAAUGGGUAUUGACUGCUGCUCAUUGUACAGAUGGAGUUGUAGCUGCUACCAUAUAUUUGGGAAGCACCAUACGUACUGUUGGCAAAGUUGCUUACUCUGUGGACCGCAGUUCCAUUUUUCAACACCCCGACUUUGAUAAUUAUAAUUUCCAUAAUGAUAUCUCUCUAAUCAGAAUUCCUGCUGUUACCUAUACCGAUGAUAUUCAACCCAUUAGGCUACCAGCUAUUUCUGAAACAUAUCCAUCAUAUACUGGUAGUGUUGCCACCGCAUCUGGUUGGGGAAAAACCUACGAUACUGGAUUUGUUGUAUGGAUGUUGAAUUAUGCCGAUCUUCCUGUCAUUAGUAAUGAGGAAUGUGCUCAAAGUUUUGGUUCAUUAAUUACUGACACAUUUGUUUGCGUUUCAACUCCUGAUGGCAGUUCCCCUUGCAAUGGUGAUAAUGGUGGUCCAUUAGCUUUGAAUUCUGAUCUAAUUGGUGUCGCAUCGUUUGUUUCCUCAUCUGGUUGUCAAAUUGGUUAUCCAGCUGUAUAUACUCGCGUAACCACUUACUUAGACUGGAUUAAUUCCCACACUGGUAUCUCCUAUUAAAGCAGCUUAAGCAAAUUGUAUAAUUAGUUGGAUUUACAAAAUAGGUUGAAAUAA